AUGACCUCUGUACAGUUGGCGCCUGAGGGCGUCCAGGUCGAGCUGGAGCCCACCCGGUUGCUGCAUUUCGAACAUGGGGACCAGGGUACAGCAUUUUUGCGGCGUUGUUUUUUGGCGAGUUUUCCCCACAGCGUUUUUUUUUCAGCUUUUUUCGAAGUGUUGCUACGGAGACGGGAAAGUUUCAUACAGCCGGGAACCACUGAACCAGUCCACUUGGUUUGCUUUUUGUCCUUCUGGGCGGACAGGCACGGCUGCACUUUGGCGCCCAAACUGGCUGCGGGUUUGUUCCCUGCGGCGGCGUUUGAACCACCGGCACUGUGCGUUGGGGAGCUUGCAGAUUUGGCAGUAAUAAGGACGGGCAUUGGCUGCAAAUCAGAAAUAAGGAAGGUGGCUUGA